CCCUAGGGUGGUGACUCUUUUCUUUAUAAAGUCGGCGCAUUACGCUGAGCGUGGAUCGUAUUGUUGUAACAGCGCACGCACUGUACACACUCACACCCUACGCACGCAUACACGCCCGCUUUUACCGCUUGUUGCCCAGCAUUAAAAUUUUUGCUCUUGAUGCACCCGCACGCACUAAAGAGAGCUCAGGCCAUAAUGCCGCGGGCGAUAAAGAAGGUUUUUUAAGAAGUGAAGCAUUAAACACUACUCUCUCCUAUUCUCAUCAUCGGCAAUCAAAAUAUUGUGACCGAUUCAAUUGUAAGGAAAUGACAACGGAGAUCGGAAAGGCAAAUGGAGGCGGAAAAGAGGAGGCAGAAUUGAGUAAAACUUUGGAACAGGCUCAAUUAAACGGAGGUUCUAAUGGUGCAGCUGCUGAUGGAGCAGGAGCAGAAGGUCAAAAUGGAAGCUCAGCCUCAAAAAAGAAGAAAAAGAACAAGAGUGGAUCAGCGAAGAAGAAGGCUAAAGCAUUACGUGCUGCUGGGGUAUCAUCAGUAAAGCAAACUGAACCUCCAUCAAUCGGAUUGAGCAAAAUGUUCGUUGAUGGUUGCUAUCCAGUCGGUGAAAUGCAAGAUUACGAUGAGAGUAAAUUUGACGAGAACCGCAAACGGGAAACUGAAGCAGAAAAGAAAGAGAGAUACCGUCUUCUACAGGAAGGAGAAGGCAACAGUCUGGACAACAUCCGCCGUGCAGCUGAGGCACACAGACAAGUACGUCAAUAUGCACAAAAAGCCAUUAAGCCUGGUAUGUCAAUGACGGAUAUCGCAAAUAUGAUCGAAGAUGGAGUACGAACAGUGGUUGAAGCUGAAGGAAUGGAGCGUGGUAUCGGUUUCCCAACCGGUUUGAGUCUGAAUGAAGUCGCUGCACAUUACACACCAAAUGCUGGCGAUAAACGUAUCCUACAAAGUGGAGAUGUUUUGAAAGUGGAUAUCGGUAUCCAAGUCAAAGGAAGAAUUUGCGACUCUGCUUUCACACUCACAUUCGACGAAAGUAAGAAAUGGGAUCCUCUCUUGGAUGCAGUUCGUGCUGCCACUAAUGCAGGUAUUCAAGCAUCUGGUAUUGAUGCUCGUCUAGGAGAAAUCGGUGCAUCGAUUCAAGAAGUGAUGGAAAGUCAUGAAUUCGAUGUUGACGGAAAGACACAACAUGUCAAAUGUGUUCGUAACUUGAACGGUCACAGUAUUGAAAAGUACUCUAUUCAUGGAAAGAAGAGCGUACCGAUUGUUGCAGUUCCAAACCUAGACACAAAGAUGGAAGAAGGAGAAUACUUUGCCAUCGAAACUUUCGGUACCACCGGUCGCGGAGUGGUUGUAGACGCAGGCGACUGCAGUCACUAUGCCCGUCGUGGAAACCCAAAUCAUUCCAACUUCCGUGUCUCGAGUGCAAGACCGCUCUUGCAUGCGAUCAACAAGCAUUUCGGAAGUUUGCCUUUCUGUCGUAGAUAUUUGGAUCGUGUUGGUGAGAAGAAUUAUUUGUUGGGUUUGAGACAUUUGGUACAAUUGGGAGUCGUUCAAGAUUAUCCCCCAUUGACAGAUAUUCCUGGAUCUAUGACUGCACAAUUCGAACAUACAAUCUUCUUGGGACCAUCCAAAAAGGAAGUUGUCUCUCGCGGAGAAGAUUAUUAA